CCGCCUCAGAGACUUGACAGCUAAUACCCAGGGCAAAGAGCGCAGAAACAGGCAGAGAAGAGCGCCUGCGCAGAAACACACACGGGGUUACUGUGCAGCACAUUAGUCACACUUUUGGGAUAACUUUUUGGGAUUUUUUUUGUUGUUGUUUUUGUGUGUGUGUUGUUUUUUUUUUUUUUUUUUAAAGAAAAAGUUUUAAUUUCUCUCUUAACCACGUGGACAAGUCACCAGUGUUCAUGUGUGACAUAUACAGCCCGGACUCUCACUGCGUGUCUCCACUAUGCAACAUGAGUUGGGCGAUGGAGCCUGCUAACUUCUACGAGAGCACCAAGCUGGGCGGCCCGGGUCAGCAGGGGCUCUGCAAGCCGGCCAGCGAGGAGAGCACCAUGGUGGAGCUGAGCAACACCCCUGCCAUGUACGACGACGAGAGCGCCAUCGACUUCAGCCAGUAUAUCGAGUCCAUGACGGCCGUGCCGAACCUGGAGCUGUGCAACGACGAGCUCUUCCUCGACCUGUUCAACACUGUGAAGCAGGAGAGGACGGACCUGUACAGCAUGCAGAGCUCCGUGCUCCCAGGCGGCAUGCAGCAGCAGCAGCAGCAGCAGCAGCACCAACACCAGCAGCAACAACAGCAGCAGCAGCAUCUGUCAGCCGCCUUCACAACAGAGAGGAAGGCGGACAUCGGGAUGGAUAAGGCGCUGUUUAGUGCGCCAAUCAAGCAGGAGUCCGACUGGAGUGACAGCGACAUGUCUUCAUCCCUGCCUUCCCAGAUCGAGACCUGCGCCCAGACCUCCGUGAGCCUCACCACGGGGCAGCCGACCCCACCGACCACCCCGGAGCCCGUCUCCGCCGUCAGCUCGGCCAAGUCCUCCCCGCGGAAGAUGGGCCGGGAAAAGGGGAAGAAGUCGGUGGACAGGUACAGCAUGGAGUACCGACAGAGGAGGGAGAGGAAUAACAUUGCAGUGAGGAAAAGCAGGGACAAAGCCAAGAGGCGCAACUUGGAGAUGCAGCAGAAGCUGCUUGAACUGAGCUCCGAGAACGACAAGCUCCACAAAACCAUCGAGCAGCUAACCAGGGAUCUCAGCGAGCUCAGAGAGUACUUCAAGCACAUACCCAACUCCUCCUACGCGGGCUCCACGGGUGUUGAGACCCGGUGACAAAGUCCCCUUCUUCUAUGAACUGAGCUUUUAGGAAACAUACCUCAACAGACAUUUUUUUUUUUGUUUUACCAUCUGUACCAGAUGUAUUUUAAGCUUACCAUAAUGGCACUGGAAAAUAUAUUUUGUCGCUGCCAUAUUUUUUGUGGGAAUUUCUCUGUAUUAAAUUAUUCUACCACUGCAUUUACAUGAUGUUAUACCUGAUAUGGUACCUGUUUUAUAAUUCCAAACUUUGUAUAAGAGCCAGAGCAUGAUCUUUUAUAUAGUUUGUAUGAAACCUUGAAAACAUUUUUGUUUUGUUUUGUUUAUGAAAUCUAUAAUAAACUCGCUGAAAAGGUGCAAAA